CAUAGCUGACUCAGAGGGCAAGGCUUUCGCACGAGAUCACACUGAAUGGCUGCAGCGAGGAGGGAAUUGUGAACUGCUGCUUACAGCCUGGGAGCUGUUGGAUUACAGCUGUCUCAGGAUGCCGAUUAUAGGCGUUUUGUAGAAAUUUAACCGCUUAUUCGCAGUCAUUUGACACUUAUUGGGCAGUUUAACCGUACACCUGGCGCCGCCCCAACUGCCGGAGAUGGCAAUGAGAAAGGUGGCGACCCGACCCGACCCGACCUGCCAAGCAUGAGCUGUGUGCGAGCCGUGCUGCUGGUCCAAAGCCUCGCUAGGGGCCGGGCAGGCAUCCGCCGUGCCUCCCACCUGGGAACUCCUUUUCCCCAGGUGCCCCCUCUGGCCCUCCGGAGCCUCCACUGCAGCUCCGCACCCCACACCUCCGAGAAGUCUGAGAAGUCCCUGGUCCCUCGUCCUCCGGAGUCGGGGAAGAGGCUUGCAAAGGUCCCCGCGCCCUGGGAGGACCUGUUCCAUCCGGCGCCGGGCGGGACCCGGGACAAGGCCAGCUUCGUGCGGGCCGUGCAGAGCUUCGAGCAGCACAAUGUGCACAAACGUGGCCAUGUGGACUUCAUCUACCUGGCGCUGCGCAAGAUGCGCGAGUAUGGCGUGGAGCGCGACCUGGCGGCCUACAACCUCCUGCUGGACAUCUUCCCCAAGGAGGUUUUCCGGCCACGCAACUUCAUCCAGCAGAUCUUCCUCCACUACCCGCGGCAGCAGGAGUGCGGCGUGGCCGUGCUGGACCAGAUGGAGAGCAACGGAGUGAUGCCCAACAAGGAGACGAAGUUCCUGCUGCUGCAAAUCUUCGGGCGCGGAAGCCACCCCAUGCUCAAGUUGGAGCGCAUGCGCCUGUGGUUCACCCGCUUCCAACACAUUAACCCCUUCCCGGUGCCCCGCGACCUGCCCCACGGUGCCGUGGAGCUGGCCACACUCGGCCUGCAGCACAUGGAGCCCGACCUCAGCGCCAGGGUCACCGUGUACCAGAGGCCACUGCCUGACGACGUGACAGAUCCCGGGGAUCUCAUCCAGCCCCACAUCGUAGGAAUCCAGAGUCCUGAUCAGCAAGACGCCCUGGCCCGCCACAGCCCAGCCCGGCCUCUCUUUGUGGAGGGACCCUUCUCCCUGUGGCUGCGCAACAAGUGUGUCUAUUACCACAUCCUCAGGGCUGACCUGCUGCCCCCUAAGGAGAAGGACCUGGAGGAGAUCCCGGAGGAGUGGAACCUGCACUACCCGAUGAAGCUGGACUUGGACUAUGCAAGGAGCGGUUGGGAUGACUAUGAAUUUGACAUCGAUGAAGUGGAGGAAGGCCCAGUCUUCGCCAUGUGCGUGGCGGGUGCCCAUGACCAGGAGACGCUAGCCAAGUGGAUCCAAGGCCUGCAGGAGACCAACCCAGCGCUGGCCAGCAUCCCAGUGGUCUUCCAGCUGGCUGGGUCCACGGGGGAGCUCCUGACGGCCUCAGGACCAGAGGAUCCACGCCAGUCUCAGCGCGAGGGCCGGGAGGAAGACGACCAUCUGCAGCGACAGCAGCAGGGCCAGAGUUGAGCCUGUGUGCUGUGGCCCAAGAAGGCCGUGGACUGGUGUGAAAGCGCGAGAAGACCUUUGCGUGCACAGCAAAUAAAAUUUUUCUGCCUUGGGGUUGCCUUCCCUCCUCUGUAGCUAUGUGGCAUCCCCUCCCCAGGAUCUUGGAGGAUCUCCAUUGGGUUCCUCCUACUCCCCAGGGUCUACGGGUCCUUCUGCCCUGGUGCUGGGCAUAAACUUUAUGCUUUCUCCAAACGAAGUUAGAAAAUUUAA